AUAAACGAAAUGAGACCCAAAAGAUUAAUUGGAAAUAAAACCUCCCACCAAUUAAUUAAUUGGUCAAUUUUUGAAAAAGAUAAUGAAAAAAUCAAUCAGAUCAAAAAUAAAAACUUGAAAAAAUAUUACAUCCAUCAAAAUAAAUUGAUUAAUAAAUAUUUAAUUGUCGAUAAGAUUUUAGAUUCUGGUCUUCAAAUUUCAAUGCUCAAUCACUAUGCCAGAUUGUCAAGUAGAAAAAACAAAGUUCCAGCAGAUAUUGAUUUAGAAAUCAGCUCAAUUUUAGGAAAUUCAUACCAAGAAAAUUCAACUGCUAUAUUGCUUGCAAUUUUGGUUAAUUAUAUUAUUAACAUUGUACUUUUAAUAGGCAAGAUAUUUGUAACAGUUUUAACUUCUUCUUUGUCUAUUACUGCAUCAUUAGUCGACUCAUGUCUAGAUUUUCUUUCAACAACUAUUAUUUAUAUUACAAAUAAAUUAUCGACAUCAUCGGAUUGGAAAUCCAGAAUAAAAUACCCAAUUGGAAGAGCAAGAUUAGAGCCCAUUGGUGUCUUGGUUUUCUCAAUAAUAAUUAUAAUCUCAUUUUUAGAGGUUAUCAGAGAAUCUCUUGUUAGCUUGUUUAAUAAUAAGAAUAAAAAUCCAAUUGAAAUCGGAAAAUCAUCAGUUUUAAUCAUGGGAUCAACAAUUCUAAUUAAAUUUUUAUGUUGGUUAUAUUGUAAAAGUAUCAAAUCCUCUUCAAUUGAGGCAUUGACACAAGAUGCAAUGACCGAUGUAAUAUUUAACAGUUUUUCACUACUCAUGCCAUUAAUUGGCUCCAAGUUAAAUAUUUGGUGGGUGGAUCCAAUUUCUGCCUUAUUUUUAAGUGUUUACAUUGUAAUCGCCUGGUCACUAACAGCAUUGAACCACAUUAACAAUUUAACUGGAUCAAAAGCAUCUAAAUUCGAUGAAUUCCAGAUACUAUAUCUAGUUUUAAGAUUUGCAGACACCAUUGAAAGAAUAACCAAGAUCAACUGCUAUCAUGUUGGCGAUAAUAUCAAUGUGGAAAUCGAUAUUAUGCUAAAUCCAGACCUAAAUUUAAAAGAUAGCCAUGACAUUGGAGAAGCAGUCCAGUAUGCGAUAGAAACAUUGCCAACGAUUGAGCGAUGUUUUGUGCAUUUGGACUAUCGAGCUGGAAACUACGAUGGCCAUAUA